GUGCGCAAAAUAAGUGCAGACUGGAAUAAGUAAGGCAACAAGUGGCUGUACACGGCCCUGAAAAACGUCGAAAAAAAUGGACGCUCAAGAUGGCUGCGAUGACGUACUACUGUUCGCGAUAAAUCUACCCUCACCACCGAUAUGCUCUCUCCUGUGAUUCUUUACUCAUUGGAAGAAACAUAAUAUUCGAUUUCGAUAAGGAAAAGAAAAAAAAGUAUGCAACAACGUAUGAAAAAUAUACGCGAUAGAUAAAAAGAUUUUCAUCCUCGAUGGUAGUAUACGCGAAGCAGAAAGUGAUUGUGAGAUAAUAAGUUUACAUUCUCAAAAUUUGUUGUCAUUUCCGUCUAGUAAAAUUAAACUGUCUUUAAUCUCAAUGCAAAUGAUAUGGCCAAUAUAUUAGAAAUACACAUUUCUUAUUUCCUUCUUAAAGAUCGAUACAAUUUGGGAUGAUAUGUAUUCUGACAGCAACUUAAAAAAAUGUGAUGCAGGAGAGAAAGAUCAGUGCCAGAUUGGAUGUAUAAAAUGUGAUCGUGCAAACAUGGUGAACGAUAAUGCGAGUAUUCUAAGGUCAGAAUGAUUGUUGCAAAAGAUUAAAUUAACAGAACAUGCUCGUCUGUUUGUGCCAUUUUUGUUAAGUGAUAAGUCAUGCCCGGAGAACCAUCAGCGACAACUGGAAAUAAAUCCAGUGGCAAGGCAAAGAGGAUCUCUAUACCUCGUGUGCAAAGCAGUACCGACACAGAGCUACAGUCGCAACAGAGCGGUUCGACUCCCUUACAACCCACUGCAUUGCACUAUGUCAGCUUCCGUUCAGAAUUAGAGGACAGCCCUGUCCCUCCAACUUUGCGAUGCCGUUUAUAUGAUCUCUUUCAACAAAUUGAAAAGGAAUUUGAAAUGUUGUAUACUGAAAAUCUUGGAUUACAGGAGAAGAUUGACAUCCUAAAUGAUAAACUUGAAAGAGAGUGUUAUGGGUCAGGUGAACGCAGUUUACCUCCUGGAGAUCUUACAGAUUAUCCAGAAACGAAAAAUCUUUCUAAACAGAAAUCAAUGGGUACAAAUUCGGCGCAAAAGAUUAAAACUUCUCACAAAUUAAAAGCACAGACUAGUAAAAUAGUAUCGAGCUUUAAAACUCCAUCUAUGACUUGCACCAUGCAAAGAGAAUACAUGGGUCACCGAGACGGUGUAUGGGAGAUAUCUGUGAGCAGAUCGGGACAACCUAUCAUAGCGACUGCUUCUGCUGAUCACACAGCACGUAUAUGGGCGAUAGACGGCAGCCGAUGUUUGUUACAAUAUAUCGGUCACAGUGGAUCCGUCAAUUCGGUACGAUUCCAUCCAAACCGAGAAUUAGCAUUAUCGGCGAGUGGCGACGGUUCCGCUCACGUGUGGCAGGCAGCUGUCGAUUGGGACAUGCCAAAAAGAGUACCAUCAUUAGAAGAACUUCCAAUAGCUAGCUCUGAACGGUCUGCUACGAAUAAUCUAAUUAGUAAUAACGACGAACAAGAAGAUCCUCCGACUCUGAGAACACCGAUACGAGAACUGCUGGGCCAUUCAAGCGUUGUAAUGGCCGCAGAUUGGCUCUCCGGUGCCGAACAAUUGGUUACAGCUUCUUGGGAUAGAACGGCGAAUUUAUACGACACGGAAACCGGAGAAAUUAUACAUACAUUGUGCGGACACGAUCAAGAAUUGACUCAUGUAUCGACUCAUCAUACGCAAAGAUUGUGCGUUACAUCCAGCAGGGACAACACGUUCCGAUUAUGGGAUUUUAGAGAACCAAUACAUUCGGUUUCGGUAUUUCAAGGUCAUACAGAAACAGUAACAUCUGCAGUCUUCACAAGGGAAGAUAAAAUUGUAUCUGGUUCAGAUGACAGAAGUGUAAAAGUAUGGGAAUUACGUAACAUACGCAGUCCAUUAGCAACAAUACGCGGAGAUAGCGCUGCUAACAGACUAUCAGUUUCUAGUACCGGGAUAGUGGCAAUACCACAUGAUAAUAGACAGAUACGUUUAUUUGAUUUAAGUGGUCAACGUCUAGCAAGAUUACCUAGAACUAGUAGACAGGUAAUAUAUGUGUAUAUAUCAAUGGGUACAAAUUCGGCGCAAAAGAUUAAAACUUCUCACAAAUUAAAAGCACAGACUAGUAAAAUAGUAUCGAGCUUUAAAACUCCAUCUAUGACUUGCACCAUGCAAAGAGAAUACAUGGGUCACCGAGACGGUGUAUGGGAGAUAUCUGUGAGCAGAUCGGGACAACCUAUCAUAGCGACUGCUUCUGCUGAUCACACAGCACGUAUAUGGGCGAUAGACGGCAGCCGAUGUUUGUUACAAUAUAUCGGUCACAGUGGAUCCGUCAAUUCGGUACGAUUCCAUCCAAACCGAGAAUUAGCAUUAUCGGCGAGUGGCGACGGUUCCGCUCACGUGUGGCAGGCAGCUGUCGAUUGGGACAUGCCAAAAAGAGUACCAUCAUUAGAAGAACUUCCAAUAGCUAGCUCUGAACGGUCUGCUACGAAUAAUCUAAUUAGUAAUAACGACGAACAAGAAGAUCCUCCGACUCUGAGAACACCGAUACGAGAACUGCUGGGCCAUUCAAGCGUUGUAAUGGCCGCAGAUUGGCUCUCCGGUGCCGAACAAUUGGUUACAGCUUCUUGGGAUAGAACGGCGAAUUUAUACGACACGGAAACCGGAGAAAUUAUACAUACAUUGUGCGGACACGAUCAAGAAUUGACUCAUGUAUCGACUCAUCAUACGCAAAGAUUGUGCGUUACAUCCAGCAGGGACAACACGUUCCGAUUAUGGGAUUUUAGAGAACCAAUACAUUCGGUUUCGGUAUUUCAAGGUCAUACAGAAACAGUAACAUCUGCAGUCUUCACAAGGGAAGAUAAAAUUGUAUCUGGUUCAGAUGACAGAAGUGUAAAAGUAUGGGAAUUACGUAACAUACGCAGUCCAUUAGCAACAAUACGCGGAGAUAGCGCUGCUAACAGACUAUCAGUUUCUAGUACCGGGAUAGUGGCAAUACCACAUGAUAAUAGACAGAUACGUUUAUUUGAUUUAAGUGGUCAACGUCUAGCAAGAUUACCUAGAACUAGUAGACAGGGUCAUCGUAGAAUGGUGUGUUCUGUUGCUUGGUUGGAAGAUAAUAAUGUGUGUAAUUUAUUUUCUUGCGGUUUUGAUAGAUUAGUUUUAGGUUGGAGUGUUCUUCCUGUCAAAGAUGCUUAAACAUCAAAAAUUGUAUGGUUGUAUAUCAGACACUUUAUGUCAUGUUAAUGUGAUAUUGGGAAUAUUUAGGUGCAAUUUAGAAAUGGAAGUACAUAUGUAACUAUAUAGCAAAAAUCCAGCAAUUAAUCCAAUCAAAGAGCCUCCCUUUCCACUCUUGCAGACAACUGCAAUAAAUAACCGAAAUAUAUAUUAUAUGUAUUAUAUUUAAACGAUUUAUCAAAGAGAUAUUAAAUUAUAAACAAAAUGUGCGAUUUUAAAAUUGCAAUAAAAACUGUGAAUGUCUUAUAUAAA